UAGAGGAAUAAAAUCCAAGCUGCAGUUGGCUUGCGUCAAACAAUACAGAUUUCUGUAAUUACGUUUCCACUAUUUUUAAUAUUGAAAAAUAUAUAUAAAUUAAGGUAAAUAUCACUGUAAAGGGAAUUUACCAGUAGCCGUCGCCUGAGUGGAUGAGUGAGCUUCCACAUGACUGAUUAAAGUCAUUUGAUUUGUUAGGUAACCACUUACGUAUGUGACACAUUUUCACAAUCAAUUUGUUAAAGGUCAGAGGGCAAAGACAAGGUGAGACAAUAAACUAAAAGAUUAAAUAAUAUGUGGUUAUAUGCAUCCGCACUAGUCGUUACAGACUAGUGGUCGUGUUAUUGGUGUGUUUAAUAUAACUAUUACAACUUUUUCUAUAAAAAAGUACAGUUUCAAUUUUAAUUUCUUAAAUUGUUUGCAGGCUAAACGUGUAACGUGUGGCAUUAUUUUAAAAGAAACAUCUCCAAGUCUACGUGUAUGAAACUAUUUGUGAUUGAAUGAGAUUCCAGUUUAUUUCUCAUGCAUAAGUGGACUAACACUGCAUUGUAAUGUUACAUUAUUAUAUCCCUUUCUCUGAUGAUGGCAGACAGGUCCAUCAAUAAAUAAAGUCCGAUGUUUUUUUUACAAAUUAAAAGGUAGAACAUUUCCAAAAAGCUGCAGCUCGUCAUUUGACCAGCUCCCCGCCCUGAGACACCAAUCAUCACCAUGCUGUCAAAAGCAGCGUCAGGGACGUCCUCUCCUCCUCCUCCUCGGAUCAGCGCUGUGAGGAGUUCUCCAGGAGGACGUGUGCGUGUUACACACACACAAAUAAACCCGUUUUUUGUGGACUCAACCCUGCGUCUUUAUUGGACGCUGUCUCUCUCUCUUGGAGAUCUCCUUGGACGCGCUUUCUCUGCGCUUUGGUCUCCUCGUGAACUCGCCGUGCGCGACGGGGCCCAACAAUGGAGUCAUCUCUCGAGUUUUCCAGCUCCGUGGGCAGCGUGUCCUCCCUGAUGAGUCGCUGUCGGACCUUCAAGGUGCUCGUGAUCGGAGACUCGGCGGUGGGGAAGACCUGCCUCACGCACCGGCUGUGCGCCGGAGAGUUCCCCAGCCGAGCGGAGGCCACCAUCGGGGUGGACUUCCGCGAAAGACAGCUGGACAUCCACGGAGAGAAAAUUAAGCUCCAACUUUGGGACACGGCAGGACAGGAGCGUUUCCGUAAGUCCAUGGUGCAGCACUACUAUCGCAACGUGCACGCCGUGCUCUUCGUGUAUGACGUCACCUGCCCCGCCAGCUUCAGCAGCCUGACCGCCUGGAUAGAAGAGUGCAGGCAGCACUCCCUCGGCCAGGAAAUCCCCAGGUUCCUGGUGGGUAACAAAAGUGACCUCCGUGACCCCAGCAGAACCGACGGCCAGGUGAGCCAGGAGCAGGCGAGGAGCUUCGCCAAAGCCCACGGCAUGGUGUGUUUUGAAACGUCCGCCAAGAACCCGCCAGACAAAUGCGCGAGCGCUCGACGAGGCGAUGCGGAGCUUCUGCAUCGGCAGGAUAUGGUGGAGGACAUUGUUGUUGCUCUUGGUGCCAAACUGAAGAAGCAGAAGAUACCUGGAGCAGCAAACGACUCGAUGUACGGCUCCUUUAAAAUCCUGAACAAGAAGAGGACGGAGAAAGCGGUGUGGACCUGCUGCUGAGAGACACAGGGAACCGCUGACCCUUUCAGAUGGAACAAUGUGACGUUUUUUUUAGCUCUUCUUAAUGAUCGUGUGUAUGAAUGUACGUGUCUAUGUCAACAAGAUAAUUAGCAUUGUGUGCAUAAUGAUACUAUUUGACCAUAGACAACAAUGCAGAUCUUUUUUAAAAUUUGAAAUACAGUUGCUGUUACACCUACGCUGAGCUUUAAUAUUUAUACUCUUAAAUAUGAGUAUGUUCUUCUUGGAAAUUCUAUGUGUGUUUGUGAUUUUCUUCUUUACAAUUGCUGCCAAAUAAAAGACUGUGAAUGUAAA